ACCGGAUAUAAUCGGCCUGGGGUAUCAUCUUCUUCCGUUUAGCCGGGACGGGACUUCCAGCCUUCCACAGAGAGAGAGAGAGAGAGGGAGAGGGAGAGAGAAGAGUACAGAGAGGGAAAUGGAAGUAGCCAUCACCAACAAUCCUCCUCUUCUGGGUUCAAAUCAUAAGAUAAUAAAUGUGAAGCAAGCCGUGAACGUUUCCAUCCCAAGUGUGUCUUCGAAAGUUGCUCGUCUCUCCCUUCAAAGGAGAUACUUCCCUCAAGAAUUCGGCGGAAGGAGGAAUAAUAAAGGUUUUGGAGCUAUUUUUUCUGCAGCACCAGGCAUCGAAAAUGUUGAGGCUGCUCCUCAUUUUGAAGACGUUUCAGUUACCAACACAACUAGCAGCAGUGAUAGAGAACUGAAGAUAAGGGUAGAGGUAUCUGGUGCCAAAACUCAAGUGAUUUUCAAUGACGUGUUUGACAAGUUGGUUGCUGCUGCCCAGCCAAUUCCAGGGUUUCGCAGAGAAAAGGGAGGGAAAACACCGAAUAUACCCAGAGACAUUUUGCUAGAAAUCCUUGGACCUUCUAAAGUUUACAAGCAAGUGAUCAAGAAUGUCAUUAACUCCACCGUUGCCGAGUAUGUUCAGAAGAACGGCUUAAAAGUUGGGAAAGAUUUGACGGUUGAGCAGAGUUUUGAGGACCUAGAAGACAGUUUUGAACCAGGUGAAACCUUCAGUUUCAGUGCUGUCGUGCAACUGCUGGAAUGAAACGAACCGGACAGGGUCUUGAUUAUGAUGCUCUCAGCAUUCUUAGGAAAAUCAAGAAGAUUUUACAUUGAUGGCCUCCAUGUGAACGAGGAGGGGAUGGAUCGAAGUUCUUCGUAUGCACAGCUGAGUGGGCUCGUGAAUUUUUUGCACUUUUUCGAAUGAGCAGUCGAGUAUAGAAAUAGCACCCAAAGAUGUCAUUUGAGCGGUGACGUGGAAUGUCGCCGGGAGGGUUGAGAAUUGCUACUUGUCGGCAAGAUGUGGAUUCUCUUCGCAAUCCAUAGGCUUCAAGAGGGGACACAUGCCGUCAUCAUAAAUAGGACCAGUUUUACAAAAUGUCCAUGGUACAGUUCUCACACCAAAUUCACAGACGUUGGUGCAUUGAUAAAGCUGCUAGCCC